ACAUGAACACAAUGAAUGAUAUUGAUUACAAAUUGAAGGUUGCAGCUCAAGAAGGUGAUAUAAACCUUCUCUAUACACUAAUUGAGGAGGAUCCAUAUGUUUUGGAAUAUAUAGAUUUAAUUCCAUUUGUUGAAACUCCUCUGCAUAUAGCUGCAUCUAUGGGACAUGUUCAAUUUGCCACUGAAAUUAUGAGAUUGAAACCUUCAUUUGCAUGGAAGCUAAAUCAACAAGGGUUCAGUCCAAUCCACCUUGCCUUGCAAAACAACCAAAAGAGUAUGGUGCUUCGUUUCGUAGACAUGAAUAAGGAACUUGUUAGAAUCAAAGGAAAGGAAGGUUUAACUCCUCUUCAUCUUGCUUGCCAAAGUGGAGAAAUUGACCUUUUAGCCAACUUUUUGUUUGUUUGUCCAAAUUCGAUCGAAGAUGUUACUGUGAGGGGUGAGACUGCACUUCAUAUUGCUGUGAAAAAUGAACAUUAUGAGUCUCUUCAUGUCUUGGUUGGUUGGUUGAAGACGACUCGCCAGAGAGGUGCUAGGGAGUUUGAGAAAUUAGUACUUAACUAUAAGGAUGAGAAAGGAAACACUGUUUUGCACAUAUCAGCACUGAACAAUGACUUAAAGGCGCUUCGACUGUUGGUAAAGACCAAGAUAAAUUUGAAUGCGAAGAAUUCAGAGAACUCAACAGCAUUAGACAUAGCAGCAAGUUCCGAGAUCAAGGGUAUAUUACUAAGUGCUGGAGCAAAACCAAGCUCAAAAGUCAAAGAUGUCUCUAAACUUGAAGAUAAAUUAAGAUCAAAUGUCACAAUUUUGGAUAAAAUGUUAAUUUACAUACUGCGUAUUAGAAAAGAUAUAUCGGAGGAACAACGCAACGCUUUUCUAAUAGUUGCUACUCUUAUUGCAACUGCGACGUAUCAAUCAGCACUUAGUCCCCCUGGUGGAGUUUAUCAAGGUAAUGCAGGAGAUUACAAUAAUAAUGUGAAAAACAACACUUCUUUGAAUUCUAAGGAAGUUGGUAAAUCAGUUAUUUCUGAAGGUGAUUUUUUUACCUUAUCAAUUUUGAAUACACUUUCACUUUUGUUAUCAACCAUGACAAUAUAUCUUUUGACACCAAGUGGAUUAAUAGGUGGUUUAUUGUUCACACCAAUCUUUUGGUUUGCUUAUUGUUAUGUCUAUAAUAUGAGGUUGAUAUCUCCUACCUCUACCACUUCAACUUUCAACUUAGUUAUGGUGCAUGUAUUCAACUUCUUGCACUCUAGUGUGUAUUGGUCAAUUUUUAUUGUGUACAAGAGACUUAAGGUUAAUGGAAAGGAUAGAGAAAUCAAAAUUAGGAAUAGAUUAGGAGGAAAUAAAUGGUAGCUAUAGCAAUGUUGCAAGGUGACUUAUAUAGGGUGGAAAAAUGUCUCGUAUGGUCUAUGGUGGAUCGUUGCUUUAAAAUAGUUUGAAGAACAACCGAUGUCGGUUCCUUGUAAGUAACAAUUCAUAAUAUUACUUGUCCUCGGAACCGAGAGAGUGACUCAAUCACAACUAGUUCGGCAGAAUCAACGGUCACAACCAUAAGGACGUGGAGGAUCUUAAACUUCUACUUAAUUAAAUGUGACGAUGAUCAUUUGUUGUCGAAAUUUUAAACGAGUUUCAAAUGUCGGUCAACUUUAGACUUUGUGGAACACUUUUCCCACUCAAGCUGUUGCCUUGCUGCAAAUUUACCAGUUUGUCGUGUAGAUCAUUGCUGCUACGAGACUGCAACUCACCCGCUGGCUGAGUUCAAGGGAAGCUUUUACUUUCAUUGUAUGAUAUUUUGCGAGUUUAAAUCUUAGCAAAUUAUGAUUUGGUUAUUACAUUAUUUGUAUUUUAUUCAAUUACAGAUAUUUUCUAGCGUAUUUA